UAUUAUUACUACCUGCGUCGCCAGGUAUCGCCACACAACAACUGACAGAAGGAGCUCGCGCGCUAAAAGGGAGCGGCUUCAAAAUGCGUCAAUCGUGCACGCGCACGUGCGUUAGCCCUUCGAAGCCCACGGCUGGGGCUCGCAGAUUUGCCGUUGGCGUUGACGUAGGUGGCGCGCGGGUGUGACGCUGGGUGGUCGGUUUGGUUGAAUAAUUUGGUCUCAACGCGCAUCGCCUUCUCGCGCGCGCCCGGGAUGGGCGGUGGCGGCGGCUCGAGUGACGGCCUAGGAUGGUGAUCGGGGAAAAAUGGUGUUCGAGUCUGUAGUGGUGGACGUUUUGAACCGUUUUUUGGGAGAUUAUGUUGUGAACUUAGAUCCCUCGCAGUUGCAGUUAGGAAUCUGGGGAGGAGACGUGUUAUUCAAUAAUUUGGAAGUAAAAGAAAAUGCAUUCUGUGAGCUGGAAGUCCCGUUCCGAGUAAAAGCUGGGCAUAUUAGUAAACUUGAACUCAAGAUACCAUGGAAAAACCUGUACACCCAAGCAGUAGAAGCUAUACUAGAUGGAGUCCAUUUGCUGGUUGUUCCAUGUGCCAGUAUGAAAUAUGAUGCUGAAAAAGACAAAUUGCAGAUUGAGGAACUCAAACAGAUGGAACUGCAAAGGAUUGAAGAAGCUAAGCAAAAGGUUGCUGACAAAGAAAAUCCUAAAGAGAAGCAAGACACAUUCAUUGAAAAGUUAAUUACUCAGGUUAUUAAGAAUUUGCAGGUGAAAAUUACCAACAUCCAUAUACGUUAUGAAGAUGAUAUCACAAAUCCGAAUAAUCCACUGUCAUUCGGAAUUUCACUUCAGAAUUUAAGUCUUGAGACAACAGAUGAAAAAUGGAAUCCAUGUUUACAUGACCAAUGUGAGCACGUCUUCAAUAAGCUUGUCCGAUUAGACUACCUCUGUGCAUAUUGGAAUGUCAACACCAAAAUGUAUUCACAUAGCAGUCAAACUGAGGCCUUGGAACUCUUGAAAGAUGGAGUCUCAACAAGUAACUUCAAACCAACAGAAUAUCAGUUCAUUUUUCAGCCAAUAUCUGCAAAAGCCAAACUUGAAAUGAAUCCCCGCGCAGAAGUUGAUUUUGCAUCACCAAAAAUAAACAUGGAAGUUAACCUUCAUGAUAUAAGCAUUGAACUCAAUAGACCUCAGUAUCUUAGCAUCAUGGAGCUGCUUGGAUCAAUUGAUAUGAUGACACGAAACCUACCAUACAGAAAAUAUAAACCAGAUGUUCCUUGUCUCAAACAUCCCAGGGAAUGGUGGGCGUAUGCUAUAAAUAGUAUAUUGUUCGAGAACAUAAAGCCGAGAUGUGAAGGAUGGUCGUGGAAGCACAUUCAAAUGCACAGGCAAAAAAUUAAAAUCUACAGAAAGCUCUAUAAAUUGAGGAUUACGAACAAGAGACAGGAAGAACAACUUAACAGCGUUCUUGAGGAACAUGAAAGGGAUCUUGAUUUGUUCAACAUUACACUCGCAAGACAACAGGCAGAAGUGGAGGCAAUGAAAGCAGGGUACAAGAUUUACAGACCUGGUGCAACAGUUGAGGAAGAUAAUUCUGGAGGAUGGUUUGCUUGGGCUUGGAACUGGACAGGAGGCAAAGAAGAGAAACCACGUGAUUCAAAAUCUGGAAUUGAUUUAUUGAUGACACCUGACGAGAAGUCUAAACUCUAUACAGCAAUUGGAUACAGCGAAGCUGCAGUGGAUCCAACAAUGCCAAAAAGAUAUGAAGCCAUGAAAAUGUAUGUGAAGCUCGACAGUAUGUCCAUUUCAAUCAAUGAAGAGCAAGACAAACCAGAGAUAAUGAAAUUUUCUGUGCUUGACUUGAGCACACAUCUAACACAGAGACCAGGAGCACAAGCAAUAAGAUUUGAGGCAAUAAUAAGUACACUUGAAGUGACAGGAUUGCUUCAUGAAAUGCAUAGACCGUUGCUACUUUCCUCAAGAAAUGUUAUGACUGAAAAUGAAGAGACUCUUCUCCAGAUCAUGUUUGAGACAAAUCCAUUGAAUGAAAUUGCCGACCAGCGACUAAGGGUGGAGUCACGUCCUCUUCAAAUUGUAUAUGAUGCAAGAACUGUGAACAGUUUGGUAGAUUUUUUUCGACCACCAAGUGAUGUGCAUCUGGACGAGCUAACAUCAGCUACUUUGAUUAAACUUGAGGAAUUCCGUGAUAAGACUGCAACGGGUUUGAUGUACAUAAUUGAAACGCAGACGGUCCUGGACUUGAAAAUAAACCUCAUGGCUUCUUAUAUUAUUGUUCCACAGAAGGGUUUUUAUGAUAAAUCUGCCAACUUACUAAUUGUUGAUCUCGGUAAUUUAAAGAUGAUCAGUAAAAGUCGUGCACGUCUACCACAAAUCACAGCUGGAGAAAGCACUUUGGAGGAUAUCAUGGCCAGAGCCUAUGACCAUUUUGAAGUACAGCUGACUAGUGUUCAACUACUUUACGUUGAACCAAUGGAUGACUGGAAAGCAGCUCGCAAAACAAAGCAAUCUGCUCAGCACAUCUUGCAGCCCAUGGAUGUAAAACUUGAAUUUUGCAGAGCAAUGGUUGUUUCUGAUGCAAGAAUGCCCAAAUUUAAAGUUUAUGGUGGGCUUGCUUUACUUUCAGUUUGCAUCUCAGACCAAAAACUGAGAGGGGUUUUAGGGUUAAUUGAUAGCAUUCCAAAACCAGAAAGUCGUACACUGGCACCACAGUCAUCGUCAAAAUCUAGAAAGUCACAGAAACUAUCGCCUGAUAUGACGCCACAGUCUGUGAAAAAAAGAGCAGUGCAAAUGGAUAUAUACUCUUCUGUGCUCAGUAUGACAGAUUCAGAUGAUGAAUACUACGAUGCUCUCACCUCGCCUGUAGAUGGAAGUACACUGGAUUUGUCAAGUGAUAAUUCAUUGAAAAGAUCAGAAUCGUUACGCCAGAAACAGUUGAAAAAGCAAGAAUCUAUGAAAAAUAUGACUGAAUUCCAAAUGGAGUUUGAAAUAACAAAGAUGUUACUUGGCAUGUUUCGUCAUGUAGAUGGUACUGAAAAUCUUGUUUUGGAGUUGGAAAUAUUAGGACUUGGCACAGAGUUGAAAUUGAGAACACACGAUAUGACUUUACAUGCAUAUCUAAAAGAAAUCAGCUUAAAAUGUCCAGAAUACAGAGAUCCUGAAAAUAACCCCAUUUAUAUUGUCACCACGUUGGACAACAAUGCAGAUGAUCUCCUUACCGUAGAAUAUAUUAAGGCCGACAGAAAUGGACCAGAGUUUUUAACCACCUACAACAAUACAGAGCAACUCAUCAAGGCAAAUAUUUCUUCUCUGGAUGUCCAUCUACACACAGAAAGUCUGCUGAAUACCAUUAAAUUCCUGGAGAGCCUAAUACCACAUUCAGAAAGCAAGGCCAGUUCAGAUAAGCCUGUUCCUGCCAUUGAGCAGAGGAAAGAGGUCGUCACAAAGAAAAAGUCAUCUUCUAAAAAAUCUAAGCAUGAUGACCUGAUCAACAUUCAUAGUUAUGCAGAAUUGGCAAGUCUGAACAUUUUUAUCAGCGAUAAAAGCGAAAGAAUUUCAGAAAUAAGCAUUGAAGGUCUUGAUGCUGUGGUCAUUUUGAGGAAGGCAACAACUGAAGUGACAGCAAAACUGAAGAAUAUUGUAGUUGUGGAUGCUGAAGAAAAUGCAAUGUACAAGAAGGCUAUAUCCCUGACUGGAAAAGAGGUCUUCAGCUUUAACAUGACUACAUAUGUGAAUGCUACAGAAGGUGCUGCGUAUACCGAUCUGAAUGUUGUUGAUAGUUCUAUUCGAUUGACUGUUGGCUGUAUUCAAGUCAUCUUUGUGAAAAGAUUUGUGUCCUCAUUAUUGACUUUCAUAAAUACUUUCCAAACUGCCAGAGAAGCUGUAACUGAGGCAACUGUCCAAGCAGCUUCUGGAGUGAAGGAUCUUGCAGAACGGAGCGCCAGAAUGUCACUGGAUAUACAAAUCAAUGCACCUGUGGUUGUUGUUCCUCAAUCUCCUUCUUCUGAAAACGUUGUUGUCGCAGAUUUUGGUGUUGUCAUCGUACAGAACAAUUUCUCAAUGAUUAAACAAAAAGAUUAUAAUAAUGUACCACCGAUCAUUGAUUCCAUGAAAAUCUCGCUACGUGAGCUGAAAUUGUACAGGACAAUAUGUGUGGAUGAGAUUUUUCACUCGGAAAUUUUAUUGCUCCAGCCGGUAAAUCUGGAAGUUGUUGUUGAACGUAACCUGGCUGCAACUUGGUACCAUGAAAUUCCAGAUAUUAAAAUUCGUGGAAGUCUAAAACCUUUACAUAUUGGGCUCAGCCAGGAAGAUCUAAUCAUUGCCUUGAAAACUCUCAACGAAAAUUUAGGUGAUAAUUCAGUUGACGCUGUGGCUGUUCAAGGUGAUAUAAAGAACAAUUCAGAUGAGAAACCAAGUCCCUCACAAUCUGCUGCAGGAAGAACUGUGGUAAUUGCUGCCGUUGUCGAAACACACAAACCUGUAAAACUUAAGACGACACUGAAGUUGGACUUCAGUUUGGAUGAGCUUUCUUUAAUACUCUACAGUCGACCCUUAAGCCCGAUGGAUAUUACGCAAAAGGAGAGACCAGAGCAGGACAAACUAGCAGAGUUCAAAUUGCACACAUUUUUCACUUCUGUCAAGAUGUUAUCUGAUGGCUCCAUGAAGAUUGAUGUGAAACUUUAUAAUUGUAUGCUGGAUGACAAAAGAAUAGCAAUAGAGAAAGCCACGUCAAGAAUAGUGGAAAAGAAACUAACAAAUGAGAAGAAUGCAAUGAUUGACUUCAGUUACAAACAAGGAAGAGAAGGCAUGUUUCUUGAUGCCAUUAUACGUGAUAUCUAUGUUUGUGCAAGCAUGGAAUUUCUACUCACUGUGGUUGACUUCUUUGUCCAAGCAAAUAAUCAAGUCUCUGCAGUUCAGACGAACAAACCAACAGUAACACAUACAAACGAACAAGUGUCAUUGCAAACUACAACGAAAAUGGAACUUGUUGUUCGUGUUCAGAAUCCAGAGAUCAUCUUUGUGGCAGAUUUGAGAAGAGCAGAUGCUCCAUCACUCGUCGUGACUGCUCAGUGUGAGGCUGAUAUUAACAAUGAUUCGGAAAGUCAAAAGAUAACUGCAGCUAUUAAAGAUCUAAAAGUCAUCGUCUGCCCAUUUCUAAAAGAAAAAAGAAAGAAUCAGGUUACCACGGUCCUGCAGCCUUGCAAUGUGGUCUUCCAAAGUACACAAGCUGCUUCUGGUACCGUUAACAUGGAGUUGGCCGUGAAAUCGCUAAUGAUCAAAGUAUCACCUGUUAUUAUUAACACUGUGAUUACAAUUACGUCUGCCUUGACUCCAGCUGCUGACAGCCAACAGGACAAGAGCAGUGAAACCCCACAUGACUUUUGGAAUAAGAAGGACGUGAAAGAUUUAAAUUUCUGGUUUUUUGAACAUGCUAAUGAUGACUGUAAGGAUGGCCCAAUAAAACAAUUAGAUACAACAGAGCAGAGCCUGAGAAUGACAAUUGAAUAUGUUUGUCUGACUCUGGAAGCGGGUAUCGGGCACAGAACUGUUCCAAUGCUAUUGGCAAAGUCAACUUUUGAAGGGGACGUGGUAAACUGGAGCACACUUAUCAACUUGAAGUGUCACCUUAACUUAGAGGUGCAUUAUUACAAUGAAGUACUUGCUGUAUGGGAACCUCUAGUGGAACCGUUAGAGCUUGAAAAUAGCGAUGAAUUUAGACCUUGGGAGCUUGGGAUCAAGAUGAAGAAGAAGGCUAUUCAAGCAAGAACUGCAGCUGACAAUGAAGAGGAACAGCUCCAAACCCCUGCAUAUAAAACUGUUAUUCAUGUGUCUUCAAAAGAUCAACUAAACAUAACAGUGUCAAAAUGUGGUUUAACCAUGCUUAAUAAUUUAGCCACGGCAUUUGCUGAAGCUGCUGGUAAAACAAGUGACGUAUUUCAAAAAGAUCAAGCACCAUUUGUAAUACAGAAUUGCCUUGGACUUGAUGUUGUAAUUUACCCGAGUGAUUCAUUUGUCGUUAUAAAUAAAAGAUCAGCAAAUUCAAGUUAUGAACUUAAAAAUGGAGAGGUCCUUAAUAUGGAUUACCAACGGAUGUUGAAUGACCAGGAACUUCUAUCAAAUCUGACUGAUGCAAACAGCAAAUUGUUUUAUGUUUCACUGAUUCCUCAGGGCCAUGAAGCGGCUGACAAAAUUCCACUAACUAAGUUAGGUCGCCGUCAGUACACCAUUACCCACACGGAAUCGAUUGUCGAGCGGUCCAUUAUAUGUCAGAUCGAUGCAGUGCAAGGAAGCAAAAGAAUAACAAUUCGUUCCCCUGUGCAGAUAAAAAAUCAUUUUUCAUUGCCAUUCAAUGUCUUAGAAGACGUGGAAUCCGAUUUGAAGCUGCUUGGUACCAUUCAGCCAAAUGAAGAUUUUAAUGUCCCUUUGCUUUCUUACAGAUCUGAUCUCCGUUUACAAUUAAUGAUGAAAGACAAGGAAUCCUAUGCUCCCUGUGACGCUAUCACUUUUGGUCAUGUGAAUACAGACACUAAAAUUGUAUUUCAUCGCAAAUGUGGUGUUCCUGAGGGUAAUGAGCAAGAUUCACUGAUCAUCAAUAUAGUUGCAGUGCAUGACAACCUGACAUCCGAUGAGCCUGAGGAAAAUAAGAAUGCUUAUUUGCUCCAUUUGUGGCCUACUGCAAUUCUACAAAACCUUUUGCCUUGUUCAGUGGAUGUUAGCUUAACAGAGGAAAGUGUAGAACGAACGUUGAAGAUUGAUGAAGGAAAUUCUGCACAACUUCAUGAUGCUGUAUUGGACAAAUCAAGAUUGACCUUCGCUAUAAAUUAUUUGGACCAUAAUUGGUCAGGAGAAUAUAACAUCAGAAGCAACCAAGCUGACAUUGAAUUAAUCAAAUUUAAAACAAAAAUUGAUGAUGAGGAGAGUGAAAUGGAUAUUGCAAUCCUUGUGACAAACAAUGUGGGACAUACUUUAUUGACAUUGCAUAGCCCGUAUUGGAUGAUAAAUAAAACCGGACGAUUGCUUCAGUAUAAAGCUGAUGAUGUUCACCGUAAACAUCCUUUGGAUUACAAAAAGCCUCUGCUCUUUUCUUUCGGAUCCAAAUGCAUAUUCCAAAAGAACAAGGUUCAACUUCGAAUAACUGACAGCCAAUUGUCAGAUUCAUUUUCUCUGGAUACUGUGGGCAGUUAUGGCUCUGUUAAAUGCAAAGGACCAAAAAGGGAGUAUCAGGUUGGUGUGAGAAUAGAUACCAGCAGCUUUAACCUAACGAGAAUUGUUACCUUUACACCAUAUUACAUGCUCAUCAAUCAAACAAAGUACAGAAUAGAAGUGACUGAAGAGUGCGAGGCAAAAUGGCAACGUGUUGAUUCAAACCAGUGCACCCCAUUCUGGCCUGCCAGGAAUUCCGAAAGACUAGCAGUUCGAAUUGAAGGCAAUGUGCAACCACAAAAGUUUUAUUUCAACAAACAAGAAAAUUGCUUGUUACUUCAUCUGGAAAAUAAGAUUGGAGGCAUCAUAGUGGAAGUACACUUGGCAGAACAUUCUACCUUGGUUACUUUUAAGGAUUACCAUGAAGGGGCUGCUCCAUUCCUCAUUAUUAACCACACAGAGGCAAAAAUAGUGGAAUAUCAUCAGAGCAGCAAUUCAACUAUAAAGCCACAUGAAUUGGAGCCAGGUAAAGCAACUUACUAUUCCUGGGAAGAUCCCACAGGAUCAAGGCUGCUGACGCUCGGUUGUCAAUGUGAGGAUGCGGUAAAAGAGCUAAGUGCAGUAGAGGACACUUUUUUUCCGUUGUCUAUCGAUAAUGAGGAUUUGUAUAUUGCGUCCUUCUUUGAGGGUCUGCAGAGAAUCAUUCUGUUUACUGAUGAUGAGGGAAUAUUCAGACUCGUCCAAAAAAGUGACACAGCAGAAAUGGUGGAACAGGAAAUUAUCUUGUCCUUAAGGAACUUAGGAAUUUCAUUGGUUGACAAUUCGACAAAGCAAGAAGUGAUCUACAUUGGUAUCACUAGUUCUGAUGUUGUUUGGGAAAGUAAACCCAAAAUCAAAUCGCGUUGGAAACAAAUGACUAGGAAGCAAUCAGGUCAGCUGGAAAAGGUUUAUAAAGAGUACAUGGGAACCUCGCCUCUUGAAAGCCACGUUGCUGAACUUCCUUGUGAAUUUCAGGCUCUUUUAACACCCAGUGGCAUAGACAUGAAACUUCUAGCUUCUUCUGAAGUGCCAAUAAGAAGAAAUUAUCUGCCAGCUAUAAAAUUAGAAUACACACUCUCAGCUCAUCAAAGGUCUCUCAGACUCCAGAUUUUCAAGAUCCAGAUUCAAAACCAGCUUUCCGGAGCCAUCUUUCCUUUUCCAUUUUAUCCUAUUAUUCCCCCCAAGUCUAUCACCAUGGAUUCAGCACCAAAACCGUUUGCUGAUGUUAGUAUAGUGACAAGAUCUGCAGGACAGUCUGCAAUAUCUCGUUUCAGGUAUUUCAAAGUCUUAAUUCAAGAAAUGGAUCUAAAGUUGGAUCUUGGCUUUCUUUAUGCUGUAAUGGAAAUCUUCGCACAAUCAACAGAUACUGUUCUUGCGGAACAGAAGAUGGAGCUAUUCAAAAAGGACCUUGAAUAUGUUCAAACAGAGCUGUUGACUGAAUCUGCUACUGACACUUCACCUAUCAGUCUAUAUGAAUAUUUCCAUAUAUCCCCAAUCAAACUACAUUUGAGCUUUUCUCUCAGUUCUGGAAGUGAAGAAAGUAACAAACAGCAAGAAACAGAAUUGGCCACAAUGCAAUCCAUGAAUCUUUUGUUAAAAAGCAUUGGAGCGACUCUGACUGAUGUACAAGAUGUUGUCUUCAAGCUUGCAUUUUUUGAAAUCCGUCAUCAAUUUUAUACCACACAACAGCUUCAAUGGGAGGUUAUCAGGCAUUAUUCUAAACAGGCAAUCAAACAGUUGUAUGUCCUUGUUCUUGGACUUGAUGUAUUGGGGAAUCCUUUUGGGUUAAUCAGAGAUUUAUCAGAAGGAGUAGAAGCGUUUUUCUACGAACCUUAUCAGGGAGCAAUUCAAGGACCCGAAGAGUUCAUGGAAGGAAUGGCAUUGGGUGUAAAGGCAUUAGUAGGAGGUGCUGUUGGUGGUAUUGCAGGUGCUGCAUCGAGGAUAACUGGUGCAAUGGCAAAAGGAGUAGCUGCCAUAACAAUGGAUGAAGAAUACCAGCAGAGACGUAGGGAGGCCAUGAACAAGCAACCAAGUGGAAUUAAAGAAGGAAUUACACGUGGAGGAAAAGGCCUGGUGUCGGGUUUUGUGAGUGGAAUCACUGGAAUAGUGACAAAACCAAUCAAAGGUGCUCAGAAGGAAGGUGCAGCUGGUUUCUUUAAAGGAAUUGGCAAAGGCCUUGUUGGAGCAGUGGCACGACCUGCUGGAGGCAUUAUAGACCUGGCCAGCAGCACUUUUCAAGGGAUAAGAAGAGCUACAGAAUCAUCAGAAGAUGUUGAGAGCCUUCGACCACCUCGAUUUAUUCAUGAAGAUGGAGUAAUUCGACCAUACAGGUUGAGAGAGGCGAUUGGCAUGCAGGUCCUUCAGAAAAUUGAAAAUGGGAGAUUUGCCAAAUACAAGUACUUUUCCCAUAAAAUUAUAAAUGAUUCUGACUUGUUCAUGAUCACAAAAAGUGGGGUAUUUUUUGUAACACAAGGAACAUUCGGACAGUUGACUUGUGAAUGGCAGUACAGCUUUGAAGAAUUCACUAAAGAGCCUUUCGUUGUCGAUGGACGGAGAUUGCGCAUUGAAGCCAAAGAACGGGUUAAAUCUGUCUUCCAUGCAAAAGAAUAUGGAAAAAUCGUAAACUUCAAAUCUGAAGCUGAUGCAAAGUGGAUUCUGGGAAAACUCCAAGAAGUGAAAGAAAGUGGAACACAAGAUCAGCAUCCAAAGACAUGAAUAAGUGUUACAAAUUUCAUAACAAUCACAUCUAUUAACUAGACUUUUAUUUGCUAAGUGAAUCGAAUUUAAUUGAAUCAUGUACCUAUCUACUGAUGUAAACAACAAUAGGGGAUUUGUAAUCCAUUUUGAUUUAUAAUCAUCUAUAUUUUAGUUCCUCCAUUGUUGUCCAGUAUAUUUUAAUGGGAAUUUAUAAUUCUCAACUGUAUGAUAACUGCUAUUGUAUUUUUUCACUGGUUAUCAUUUAUCAGUUCUAGAUGUUUAAGCACUGAUUUUUUCAGAAUAGAAUGAAACGCAUUCAACAAUAGGCGCAGGCUAAUUCCCCAAAGUUAAAGGCUUCAGAGUAUUUGUGUGACACUUGGGAGAGUGUCACUUCCAACAAACGUGCCAACAUUUUGUUCACAGUUAUCUUCAGUGACACAAUUUUAUAUUACAGAUCAUGCCCAGGUUACAGCAAGGUUCUAUCCCAGUAAACUGUUUGUAACAAGGAUAGUUCGUAAGUUAGAAAUGCAGCUGUGAACAGUUGCCCUAAAGCAGAAGAUGCCUGCAGCCCCGCAACAGCUGGCAAAUCCACCCCACUGGUCUCCCAAAUACUCGGUGGGCAUUUUGGAGACUGGUGGGAGGACCUGUACCAAGUCAUUUAUUGACAAGGAGAAUUGCGGUAUUUGACAUCUAGUUGAAAGAAGCGUUGACCAACAUUGUUUUCAAGGAAAAAAUGUGUUAGGUUGUUGAAAAGCAGUAAACAAGAAUUUAUUUUAGAAAGCUGGCAACAAUUGGUAAAGCCGCUCAAAUUAAUUUAUUUUGAAUAGCUAGGCUCUCUCCAAUUUCUUCUCCUGCCUUUUAGUCCAUUUAAUAUUCCCAGAUCAGGCAUCAUAGGUGGGUAUACAAUUGCUUGCAAAUAUUUAAUCAUGCUCCUUAGUAAAUGCUAUUUAAACACAGAGCUCUUAAAACAGUACUGGAGAGAAGUUUUAACUGCAGUCAAAACCAAUUUGGUGAGAAUUCCAACUGAUCUGGACAAACAUUUUCUUUCUAUGCUUAAUCUACUAAGUAUGUUGGAAUUCUAAUGCAUUAAAAAAUCUACUUCUAAAAAUGUUCUCAAAAUUAAGAACUGAGCUCAUUUUUCAAUCUCUUUCAUUAUUAUAUCUUAUGUUUUCAAUAAGUACACAUUGGUAAAUUCAGCCAGACAUUUAAAGACAAUUGUGCUUUUAUUUCAAUUUGAUCAUAGAUAAAUUUGAUAAACAUUGACUAAUUUUAAUAUUUUUGGUUAUAUUAUAAUCAUCGCUUAACUGGUUUUAAAUUGUCUUAAAUAAUAGAAUAUGCAAUUUUUUUCUACGAUUUUCAUCAUGUAGAUGCACUUGUUUGGGAAAAAAUGUUGCUUAAGAUUUUGUUGUGCUUUUUAAUUGAUACGAGUAGAUAAUUAAAUCUGAUGCAGUGUUAUCCAAUUUACUUUCCAAAUAAUAAUCUACCAAGAAAACUAGUAACAUUUAAAGUGAGAGGAGAGGGGUGGGACUGGCAACAUUUUUACAAUCAAUGUGAAUUUUUUAGAUGAGUCCUCAUUUUUAUGUUGAAGUAUGCGUUAAAAUUAUUGCAAACUCUCACAAUUAAUAUAAUGGAUGCUGGAAAUGAAAGGAAAACAUAAAAUGAUACUUUGCAGGUCGGGUAGCAUCUGUGGCGGAACAGCCACGUAUCUUCCUGAAAAUGCAUUAAAGAUCCUGAAAUCUGAAACUUGAAAUAUCAAUUUUAUUUUUCCUUACCACAGAUGGCCUGUUCUGUUUUCUACCCACAAAUGUCUGUGUCUCAAGGCAAAACAAAUCCUCUAGCACCAUAUAAUGAAGUGUAGGUGAACAGAAUUGGUACCAAUUAAAAUUACAAAACUGCAUUUUUCCAGGAAAUUCACACACUUUCUUUUAAGUUUAUUCCCUUUUAUUUUGAUUGAAAUUCGAAUUAUAGGUUUUGUGUAUGGUCACAUAUUGACUACAAGUUACUAAAUUAAUAAAAGUAUAGUACCAGGAUUAUUCUGCAGUCUUUUAAUUUUGCCUGGCUUGUGCAUGGAAGUGGCUUGUUUUAAUAAUCAUUUUACUGUAAAUUUAAUGUAAAUUUUGGUAUCCAAAAGACUUGGAUUCUUUUCUCCAGAACGCCAGAGGUUGCGGGGAGACCUGAUAGAUGUAAGUAACAUUAUGAGGGGCAUAGGGAGGGUAGACGCUAGUACCUUUUUCCCAGGAUACAAAAAUCAAAUACUAGAGAGCUGGCUUUAAGGUGAGAGGGGCAAAGUUUAAAAGGGAUGGGUGGGGCAACUUUGUUUUACAGAGGAUGGUGAGGACCUGGAACAUGCUGCGCGGGUUGGUGGUGAAGGCAGAUACGAUAGUGACAUUUACGAGAUUUUUGGAUGGACAUGCAGUGAAUGAAGGAAUAUGGGUUAUAUGCAGGUAGACAAGAGAUGACCUUGGUAUCAUGUUUGGCACAGACAUUGUGGCCAGUUCUUGUGCUGUACUAUUCUAUGGUCUAUAUUUUAUUUUUUACAGUUUAUAGUGUUUGCAUGCUGGGAGGGCCAGUAUCAUGCUAUCGUUUAUUGUGAUUUUGUUUUGGUGAUUUAUUUGUCAUGAUAAAAUUCUGGAGAAUUUAUAUUCACUUACCGUAGUUAAAUCUGGGAGAAUCAGUUUAAUUGCUCAUGAAAGCAACAUAUUAAAACACAUCUGGUUUCCAGGAAUGCAAAGGUAAACAGUAUGUUCUUGCACUGUGUGUAACUUCAGAACCACAACACUUUAGUCAACUUGUAACUGAAUUUCAAAGGCUAUUAUGGAUGGGUAAUAUAUACUGACCUCAUCGAUAUCAACCUGAGAUUGAUUUCAAAUGCGUAUGGCCAUACAUGGAUUUAGACAAAAGCAAUCCGCACCAAGCGUUGUAUAGGUUACUGAUGUAAUGAAAUAAAUGACAAAAUUGGUAACUUCUAUGGUGAAGGAUAGAGAAUAUGUCUGUACUGACAUCAAAUGGUGGAAUGCGAGGACGUGCUUCUCCUUCUCUGAUGUAUGAUGUUGAGUAUGGUGUCUAAGGAAAGUGAAAUUUUAUUUUGUAGCAUCUACUUCCAUGCACCUGCAAGUUCAAUUAUGCAGUAAGGUUCUAGGGACAAAGAAUAGGACGUACUUCAAAAUUACUUAAACAUAGAAAAUAGGUGAAGGAGUAGGCCAUUUGGCCCUUCGAGCCUGCACCGCCAUUCAAUAUGAUCAUGGCUGAUCAUCCAACUCAGUAUCCUGUACCUGCCUUCUCUCCCUACCCUCUGAUCCCUUUAGCCAGAUAUGGAAAGGACAAAAUAAUACCAAAUCUACCCUCUCAUACAGCCAGUUGUUAGAUCCAGAGAACAUCUUGAGUCUCAAAUAGCAAUGUCUUCCUUUGUAAAUUCUGUACCCAGGAAAUGGACCUGGUGAUAUUUUCCAUGUGCAGCAGCAAAAUGUCAAACUCCUCAAAUUCACUCUGCCAUUAAUAAUUUAUCAAAUGUAUUAAAAGUUGUCUAUGCAUAGAAAUGUAUGUAAAUUAUUGUACUGACAACUCAGUUAAUGGAAAUGUGACGUUGACAUGUCAAUUAAAAGCCUAUCCUUUCAACAAAUCUCAUAUUUAUUAGAUAAAAACCAAAUUAAUCAAUUGAGUCACGAUUUAUUCUUUUUUAGAGUUGCCAUUUGUAUUAAAUGCUGUGUUU